GCCACCCUAUUUCCCAUGGGAACACAUGAAGCAGAUACUCAGUGUGAGGAAUGCCCUGCUGGAAUGUAUUCAGAUAAGCCUUCAACUACAAAAAAAUGCAAGCCAUUUACUGAAUCAUAGCCAGGAAGAAAUAGAAAAACAAACAAAGCCACUGGAAAACAGACAUGAACUUCAUUCAGUAAGUGAAGAAAAUAUUCAGAUGAUCAGUGAAGACCGUUCUGCACAAGCUGGUAUUCACAGCACAGAAGAACUGGAAAAGAAAAGAGAAAGAGAACUGGAAGGAGAAAGAGAACUGGAAGGAGAAAGAGAACUGGAAAGGGAAAGAGAACUGGAAAGGGAAAGAGAACUGGAAAGAGAAAGAGAACUGGAAAGAGAAAGAGAACAGGAAAAAGAAAGUGAACAGGAAAAAGAAAGAGAACUGGAAAGGGAAAGAGAACUGGAAGGGGAAAGAGAACUGGAAGGGGAAAGAGAACUGGAAAGAGAAAGAGAACUGGAAAGAGAAAGAGAACAAGAACGGGAAAGAGAAAGAGAAAAACCAGAAAGCAAAAAAGAGGAACGGGAAAGGGCAAGGGAAAAGAGACAAGCAUUAAGAUACAAAGAUGAACCUGCGCAAGCGGGACCUUCCACAGAAAUCCCUGAGACAUCACUGGAACAAAUGAGGAGGAAAAAUAUGGCUGAGAGAAGGAGGAGGAGGCAAGCUGCUCUCAAGUUGAAAGAGGAGCCAACUAUUGAAGAGGCCUGAGCAUUGCAGUGUCCAUGCUGCAUUUCAAAACUGUUCUGGGGAAAGAGAGAUCACUUGACCACAACAAACUUUCCCAAACCUUCUUCCGAGGACCAAACCCUCCCUUCUAACUCCUGGCCCCUCUGGCUCUGUGUGACCUAUGCAUUUCCUUCCUCGAGCUAAAGGGCACGCUGCUAAGAAACUCAUAGUCUGUAUCUGAACUACUUGGUGUAGAGACUCCCUUCCUAUCAUCACUGUGGGUGCACAUAAGCCUUAUGGACUGCAGCUGGUCAAGAAGAUAGUUCAUCACCACCUCAUCAUAAGCAAAUAGGGAUGGGCAAAAAUGCUUAUACCCAAUGAAUGAGUACAUUAAAAAAGGACUCUUCUAAGAAAUGAGGGAAAUGUAUACUGAUUCCUUGUAAGAUGGACAAGAUGCAGCACCUGGCUUAAGAAUAGCUGUGUGGAGGACCAUGGAAUCCAAGAACAAGAAACAGGACGAGUGAAGAGCAUUGCAGGUAUCUGCGACCUGCUGGUACAUUGACCACAACAUGAUGCUUCUCAAAUAUUUAAGGAGCCAAAAACUGGACAACCUUUUCUAGCUUGUUAAUUGUCAGCCAAAGUACAAUGGAACUGUAACUGAUGUCUAUCUCUCCUUCACUGCAGCACCAAAUGCUGUGGGGCGAUCCAGGGCCAUGAUGGACAUGUUGAUUGAUAGAAAGGCAUCAGUUCAGAAGGGCACAAUGUUACACUUCCAGGUUUUAGUGCCAAACACACAAGCCUUUUUGUUAGGAGAUGGAUGCUUGCAGUGACUCUCCGAUGAUGUAGCUAGCAGCAACAGGGAUUAUUGCCUGGAAUCUAACUCCCUGAUCCAAAUGCAAAGGCUG